AUGUAUUCAACGACAAUAUUUCUUCUUGCUUUUGGUUUUUUGGCAACAGCUAUUAUGGCACGACCAGAACAUCAUCAUGAAAAUACAGAUAACGAAAUAUCUGACGAACUUGAUGAAAAUAAAUGGUCGACAUAUCGUUUAUCAAAUAAUAUUCGUGUACCUCAGGCUUUAUCUGCAAAAUUAGAACGUCCACAUCCAACGUUUACUGUCAAGAGAAUCUUUAAUGGAAAAUAUGUUUUGAUCAGUCCCGCUCUUAUUUUCAAAGUAAAAGAAACUGAUACAGAGACAAGUACAACAACUGAACAAACAAAUAUUGGUCAAGAAUCAACAACAUCUGCAACUAUUGAUGAAACUUCAUCACCAACAGAAGGAGAGGAAGAAGAAGAAGAAGAAUCUACAACAGCAAUGCCACCAUUCUUCAAACGACGAUCACUUACAAAUAAUAAAAAGGAGAAAUUAUUCUUUUUUGAUGAGUAA